GCGACAUGCGCAUGCGCACUGUGCGUGCACGCAACGAGCUGUAUUAAUGGAACGAAACAACACAACUGUAUUACUUUCUGAAAUAAAUGUACUCAUUUCAAUGAAAGAAGCGCGCGAGGUCACCGGCACACUACACGCUGUGUUUUACGGCAGCGUGCUAUGCAGUAGGGACAGGCGGAAGUGGCUUAAAUCAGUGCACUAGUUAGUGUGUUUGAUGUCGCACAGGCGGCGCUUUGUUUCCCACCCGUGACCGACACACGCGCUCGAUGCGCCGCGGCACAUUUUCCGCUACAAUCGCGACACGUCACGUCGAAUCUAACGGAAAUCAACCGCUUUUUAUCGGGAUGAAUGGAUUUAUCCCUCGCUGUCGAUCUGCUGGAGAAUAAAACGUGAGGAUUUCCUCAGUGUGUGGAUUUUUCCCGCUGAAUGUGAUUCCUGACAGGAUGCGUGCGUGUUUCUUUCCCUUUUCCACAUAAACACAAAGAGCUUCCUGAAAUAUUCCUGACAAGAUGGAGAAUGAAGUGUUUACUCCUCUGAUGGAGGAAUUUCUGCUCUGUCCUCUGGUGUUCUGGGUGAAGACAGUGUCUCAGCUGCUGUCUGAUGGAUCUCAUCUGUCGGAGUUUAUGACAUUAGUGGAUGGAGUUUAUUUAAACGUCAUCAUGGCUCAGAUAAAUCCAAAGGCAAGUGUCCAGAGAAUUCACAAGAAUGUGAAGAACGAUCCUGCACUACGCAUUCAAAACCUGUCCAUUCUCAUCCAACAUAUCAAAUCCUUUUAUCAGGAGACUUUGCAGCAGCUGGUGAUGAUGUCACUUCCUGAUGUCUUGGUGUUGGGAAAGACGCCUCUCAGUGAGCAAAGUCUGCAGGAAAUGAGGAAGUUAUUACUGCUGUUACUGGGCUGUGCUGUACAGUGCGAAAAGAAGGAAGAAUACAUCGACAGGAUUCAGACUCUGGACUUUGACACACAAUCAGCAAUCGCCGCUCACAUUCAGGAGGUGACACAUAACCUGGAGAAUGUGUUAGAUCUGCAGUUUCUGGAGGAGAGUGAGUCUGUCUCACAGGACAAAGACACACUCCUCAGACACGUGACCUUUCACCUGAAACAUCUGGUAGACCAGAGAGACCAACACACUGAGAUGAUCGUGUCUCUGAUGCUGGAAAGAGACUCUGGUCUCAUGUCUCACGGCGGUCCGUCUCCCGGCGAGUCAUCCGGUAUGAGCCACACUGAGAGCGUUCAGCACCUGUCUGUUGAGCUGGCUGAUGCUAAAGCUAAGAUGAGACGCCUGCGUCAGGAGCUAGAAGAGAAAACCGAACAACUGCUGGACUGCAGACAAGAGCUGGACAACAUAGAGACUGAAUGGAAGAGACUCCAACAAGAAAACCUGCAGCUGCAGUGUGAUGCGCGCUCUCUGCGGGCGUAUCGUGACCAACUGGACGCGCUUCGAGAAAAAGCCAUUAAAGUAGACAAACUGGAAAGCGAAGUGACGCGCUACAAAGAGAAACUUCACGACAUUGAGUUCUACAGGACCAGAGUGGAGGAGCUAAAAGAGGACAACCAUGUUCUGCUGGAGACCAAGAACAUGCUAGAGGAUCAGCUAGAGUCAUGCAGAGCUCGCUCGGAUAAACUUCAUGAGCUGGAGAAGGAAAAUCUGCAGCUGAAGAACAAAAUCCAUGACAUGGAGAUGGAGCGAGACAUUGACCGAAAGCGCAUGGAGGAGUUACUGGAGGAGAACCUGACCCUGGAGAUGGCUCAGAAACAGAGUAUGGAUGAAUCUCUGCAUCUGGGCUGGGAGCUAGAGCAACUGUCCAAAACCACACCUGAACUCACUGAAGUGCCACAGAAAUCUCUGGGCCAGGAGGUGAAUGAACUGGCCACCAGUCAACUGCUCAGACUGGAGAAAGAGAAUCAGAUGCUUCUGAAGACAGUGGAGGAGAUGAAGGCGUCGUGUGAGAGUGAAACACUUCUGAGACUAGAGGAAGACAAUCAAAUGCUCAGUCAAAAGCUGGAGCAGCUGCAGAUGAGCUUGACUGCAGACAGAGAGAGUCUGCGCAACGCUGAGACUCUGAGCGCAGAUCUGCUGAAAGAAAAAGCUCAGCUGAAGAAAACUCUGGAAACACUGCAGGAGAACUCCGACAGACAGGUGAAGGGUCUGGAACAGGAGACCGAACAUCUUAACCAGACCAUCGCUUCUCUGAGACAGCGCUCCCUGGUUAGUGCCGAAGCUCGUGUCAAAGAUAUUGAGAAAGAAAACAGUGUGCUUCACGAGUCCAUCAAAGAAACCAGCGGCAAGCUGAACAAGAUGGAGUUUGAGAGGAAACAACUUCGCAAAGAUCUGGAGCACUAUAAAGAGAAAGGAGAAAGGGCAGAGGAGUUAGAGAUGGAGGUCCAUCGACUGGAGCGAGAGAAGGAGAGUCUGCAGAAACGUCUCGCUACUCUCGCCAUCACCUGCGAGAAGGUGGAGGUCUUGGAGAAGGAAAAUGCCGAGCUAGAAGCAGAGACCAGACGACUGAAGAAAGCCGCAGAUGGCCUGAGGAAUGUCUCCUUCCAGUUGGAGGUCCUGGAGAAAGAGAACGCACAGUUAGAUGUGGAAAACCUGGAGCUUCGGCGCAUGGCAGACUCCUUACGCUCCAUCGGAUCCAAAGCCACACAGCUGGAGCAGGAGAACCGAGAGCUGGAGAUUGAGAAGACUCAACUCAGAAAGAGUCUUGAGCUGCUGAAGGCUUCGUCCAAAAAAAACGAACGUCUGGAAAUGAGUUACCAGAGCCUGGAGACAGAAAACCAGCGGCUGCAGAAGGCCCUGGAGAACAGCGGCCGCAAGAUUCACAAACUGGAGGGAGAGUUACAGGAUGUGGAGACUGAAAACCAGAACCUCCAGAGGAGCCUCGAAGAGCUGAAGAUCUCUAGCAAAGCUUCGGAGCAGCUGGCAAGAGAGAACUCGCUUCUAGAGCAGGAGAACGCUCAGAUGGAGAAAGACAAGAAACAGCUGGAGAAGGAGAACAAGCGGCUGCGACAGCAGGCUGAGAUCAAAGACUCCAAACUAGAUGAAGACAAUCAGCGUAUCUCGCAUGUCGAGAAAGAGAAUCGUGUUCUUUCCAAAGAGGUCGCUGCUCUCAAAGAGACGUGCGGUCGCGUCAAAGACCUGGAAAAAGACAAUAAAGAAUUGGUCAAGCAGGCCACCAUUGACAAGAAGACACUGGUCACUCUGAGAGAGGAGCUGGUGAAUGAAAAAUUAAGAAGUCAGCAGGUGAAUAAUGAGCUGGAGAAACUGACCCAUGAACUUGAGAAGAUUGGUCUCAAUAAAGAAGGUCUUCUAGCAGAUGAGGAGACCUCUGAUGACAGGUUUAAGCUUCUGGAGUCUAAGCUGGAGUCCGCAUUAAAAUCUUCUCUGGAGAUUAAAGCUGAGAAGAUUUGUGCUUUAGAGGCUCGACUACAGGAGUCGUCCAACCUCAACCAGCAGCUCCGUCAGGAGCUCAAAACGGUGAAGAAGAAUUAUGAGGCGUUGCGUCAGCGCCAGGAGGAGGAGUGCACAGCUCAGAGCUCGCCCUCUAGAGGACGGGAGGACAGUAAAUGGGUGAGGGAGAGUCAGGAAGCCACGCGUGAGCUGCUGAAGGUCAAAGAUCGACUCAUUGAGGUGGAGAGAAACAAUGCCACUCUUCAAGCCGAGAAACAGGCUGUGUGCACACAGUUAAAGCAGCUGGAGUCUCAGAGCAGUCAUCUACAGGCUCAGAUUGUAGCUCUGCAGCGUCAGACGGCAUCUCUACAAGAGAACAACACCACUCUACAAACACAGAAUGCCAAACUUCAGGUGGAGAACUCCACCCUGAACUCUCAGAGCUCGGCGCUCAUGUCCCAGAAUGCUCAGCUGCAGGCACAACAGUGCAGUACAGAGAGCGAGAGAGAUGCGGCCGCUCGAGAGAAAGAAGACCUGCGCACAGUUCACGAUCUGCUGCUCCGUGAUCACGAGAAACUGUCUGCCCUCCACGAGCGCCAGGCGUCAGAGUACGAGGAUCUCAUCAGCAAACACGGAGACCUGAAGAGCGCCCACAAGAGCCUGGAGGUUCAACACCGCAGUCUGGAGAACAGGUACAAUCAGCUGCUGAAGCAGAAGACCGAUGUAGAAGAGCUGGAGCGAGAACUGAAGUCCGAGCGAGAGAAGAUCAUGUCUGAAAACAAGAGUCAUCAGGACACGGCCGCGCAGUACCGCAAACUCAAAGAGGAGCACGACGCGCUGAACGUGAAGCACCGUCAGCUGCUGAAGGACAACGAGCUUCUGCAGACGGAUCAUAAAACACUGAAGAGUCAGCUGAACAUGGCCCGGCUGGAGCAGACGCGCCUGGAGGCGGAGUUCUCCAAACUCAAAGAACAAUACCAACAACUGGACAUCACCUCCACCAAACUCACCAACCAGUGUGAGCUGUUGAGUCAGUUGAAGGAGAACCUGGAGGAGGAGAACCGACAUCUGCUGGAUCAAAUCCAGACCCUGAUGCUGCAGAACCGAACCCUGCUGGAACAAACCAUGGAGAGCAAAGACCUGUUUCACGUCGAGCAGAGACAAUACAUUGAUAAACUGAACGAGCUGAGGAGACAGAAGGAGAAGCUGGAGGAGAAGAUCAUGGAUCAGUAUAAGUUUUAUGACCCAUCGCCUCCACGAAGGAGAGGGAACUGGAUCACGCUGAAGAUGAAGAAACUCAUAAAGCCCAAGAGUCGCGAGCGUGUGCGCUCUCUCACGCAGACCCCGUGCCGAUCGGAAUCCAGCGAGGGUUUUCUGAACAUGCCUCAUGCGGACAGUCAGGACAGCUCGUCUGUGGGCUCGCUGGAGGAUUCACUGAGCCAGCGCACCAGCGGAAAGAGAGGACAGAAAAGCAAUGCCCUCAAAAAGCUUCCGUUCAUGAGGAACAGAUCCAAGGACAAAGACCGAGAGAAGGCCGUCUACCGCCGCUCAAUGUCGAUGAAUGAUCUGCUGCAGACCAUGGCAGCGUCUGAAGGUCAGUGGUCCAGCAGUACCGAUCAUCUAGAAGCCCCUGAUGAUUCCUCCGGCGCCUCUCGCCAUGUGAAGGACUUCCAUGGAUCCAUGGACUGCACAAGUCUCAACCUGACUGACGUCCACACCCACGUCACUGACACAGGUGUGAUGAACGGCAGUGCAGCUGGACCUCACAGCACAGAGAGUGGUGGAGAAGCUGAGCUUCUGGAGAGUCCGGUGAGUCCGUAUGAUGGCAGAGGCAGGAUUAAAUCUGCCGGCAGUGAUAUGGUUUCCCUGCAGCAGUUCCUGAAUGACAGCACAGAGCCUGUAGAGGAUGGCGUCACAGCACAAUUGCCACAUCUGUCAGGAGGCACGCCGCAGGGGUCCAGAGAGAGUGCAAAAGGCCGAGGCAUCUUACGUUCGGCCAGCGGAAAAGCGGCCAAGUCAGAUUUCUCACGCGUCGGCCAACCAGGACGUCCGAGUCUGCGCAAGGCCGAGAGCACGCGCAUCAAGGGCUCGGCCCCGCCCCGAUCCAGCCUCUCAUCCCAGAGCAGGGCCACCUCACUGUCUGAUCGGCUGGACUCGUCCUCUGGGCUGCCCCGGGCCAGCAGCGUCAUCUCCACCGCCGAGGGCAGCGUCCGGAGGACCAGCAUCCACGACCUGCUGUCUAAAGACGUUCGCCAGCCUGUCCUGGUGGACCCGUCACCUUCCCGGUCCCAGACUCAGAGUGCAUCCAGUGAGUACGGCUCCGUUUCCCAAGCACCCGCUCCCAAUAAAGCCCUGCCUAAGUCUGCUAGCAUGCCCUGCGGCACACAGGAGCCCGAGCUGUCUAGUCUGCAAGCUUUUCUAGGUCCCUCCUUCACUGUAGAUUCCAUCUUUCUGGACUCCAUCUUUUGUGAGCCAGUGGUGACGGGCGUCACUAAAAACCAGGCCAUCUUGUCCCUCAAUACGUCUCUUGUUAGUAACAUUAGCGGCCCUCCCCCUAAAGCCCCUCACAGCAAACCCAGCGGUCCGAGCUCAUCCCUGGCCGAUGAGCAGUCCCCUGCCGUCGAGCCCGAUCAGUGUUUCCCCUCGGAAGAUGGUCAGUCGCUGUGGUACGAGUACGGCUGUGUGUAACUUCUCCACCCGCAUGAACAUUUUGCUUCACGUCCGCCUGAACGACUUGGACUCUUUUGGGAUCCUGCGUUGACUCAUCUGCAUGAGUAUUUGUGGUGUGAUAACGUGAUAUCAUCAGUGUAAUAACAGCUGUUGUGCUUCCAUCACGUUCACCUGCUUUCCGGCAUCUACUUUUGACACAGUUAGAAGCAGCUGAUCUACUUUGAUAUUUAUAAAAAACGGGCUUGUCGAACAAGUCCCAUGAUGCUCCUCUGAGCAUGAGUUGAUUUUGCCGGAUGUGUGAAGAUCAUGUUUGCAUGGCUUUUUGUCCCCAGUGUGUCUUAGGUUUGUUAUGAAGUGAUUCUGUGAUCACGUCAUGCAUGCACGCUUUUCAUGUUAUUUACUGUUAUUGUUUGGUGAUACUCUUCAUGAUGUGAAUGAUGUUUGUUUGUGUAAUGUUCAGUUGCUCUUGUAUGAUCUGCAGAUAAAGCAAACAGUCGAGCUGAAGCUCAGAGCUCAGAAUGAAAUGAUGGGUGAGUUCUUACUCAUUUUCAGGAAUCACACAGAAAGCCAUUCAAAUGUCACGACGUGACCAUUACAAACAGCUACGAGUUUUCUUUUUAUGACACAACUAGUAAAAGUUACCUCUUGAAGCCAUGAUUGAUUCUGAUGAAAUGUCUUUCUGGAGUUGCUUUGAUACGAGUGAAAGCGUACCACAUGAUGUCUAGAGAUGUGAGCCGGUCGGAGGUCGUUCAUAUCCCUACAGUGAAGAUUUUCUCUGUGCUCUGUUCUGUCUCUAAUCAGUUUUUCUCUCUCUUAUUUCCAUCUGUCCGUGUGCUGUUGUUACCUUAGAGAGAAACAUCAAUCUGAAGACUUUAUCCUGCCAUGAAAGACUGUGUGUCUCUUAUUUACUCGUGGACCCUUCAGCAUUAAAAAGACAGAAGAUGUGUUCUCCAUUUUCCUUGAAUCAAGGAACCGAAGGGAUUGGUUACAGAAAACACCCGCCUGUGUCUGUUGUAUACCCCACUGACUCCACUUUACGUCCCAGACAUGAUGAAGCACAUGACUGCAUUUUUGUUUUAUCACUCUUUCGUACAUGUUUAUAUCGCAUUUGAACCUGCAGAAGAAGAAUAAACUCCAAACCUUCUAAAAAGUGAGGACUGUGAUGAAACCAUUUGAAAAGAGUGUGUGAGGAAGAUCCUGCUUUAGGUGUGUAUUAGAGAAGUGUAGUUGUUGUUUCAUCAAUCCUCUUCACUGGUGCUUUACACAGAUCUGGCAACCCCGUCUGCAACACACUGGUGAGAGUUGAAUCAGAUGAAGUUGUAAUGAUCAGGCCUAUCGGAUAAAUUACAAUAGAUAUAGAUAUAACUGUGUGACAUUAAAGGAUGAGACGCACAAGUUAAAUAAGUGUAUUUACAAGCUUCACAUUGAACUUAAAACAACACUGAAAGCUCACUCAGGCUGUUAAAAGCACGAACAACACACGCCUCAAGCAUGUUACAAGUCCAAAUGUGUAUAUACAAUGCCAAUAAAUGGAAGAUCUAAAGUCCUUGACGUGUGUCUGGAAUGGCAAGUCUACGAAGAGAAACACUUCAACACUCACGCCACGAGUGCCUUGCUGCCUCCUUAAUACUGGUACAUCCUGUUUUCUGUCAUGUGAGGGGACCAGGUAAGACGACAGGCUUGUUCGACUUAAUGCGGCCCCACAAGAAGUCCAACACACCAAUUGAAUGGCUAAGACAACAUGUUAAAACUAAUGAAUGUCGUCAUCAGUACAGUAUGUGUCAUCAGUGUAAUGUCUAGUGUUGUCACAAAGUAUUUACCUGUUGAGCGGUGUCACAAGACAGUAUGUUUGCAGGUGCAGCAUGAAUACAUUCUGGACAUCUGCCAUGGUUAUAUUUUCAUGUGACCUGUAUGUUUUUUGGCCUAUAACAUAUUCACAGCAGCCGUCGAAGGCGUUGUUAAACAAUUUUAACCAUAGGAUGAGAGACUUGAAAAGAGCCACCAGUCCUACAGUUUAUCACUAGUUGUAAUGUAUUCUCUUUUUGAUUUGGCAAUUCUUCCGCUCCCGUUGCAUCAUGGGAUAGGAUAGAAUAGUGUCCAGUAGACCAUUUGGGUAUUUCUCACCAACUGAUAUCUUUGACGUACUGUUUAUGAUGCAUGCUGAUUUCAGUAUGAAAGUAGGCAAAAUUCACAUGCAGCACAGUGUAGCAUCUUACUAGAACACAAACUAAAAUGUGUUCUGAGGGAUAAUUGAUAAGUUUCCUUUCAUGUUUUAUUGAAUAACAUCAUAUAACCGGGAUGUAGAGGUAUUAUGAGUUUAUAAACUGUGUUUGCUUGCUUGCUCUAAUGGAAAAAUACUGCUGUGCUAUGAGGAACUCACAAAGAGCUGCAUGAAUAAAAAACAGGAUGUGGGUUAAACUGGCAGAACAUUUAGUUCUGCUAGGAGGGCAAAAUAACUGAUGACAAAGUGACACACAGGGAGUGAAUAUAUACCUCACCUGAUGAUGAAACUUAGAUAAUAGUUUAAUUAGUUAGUGCAUUAGUAAAGAUUAGAAUUGUUGAGUUAUGUAUCAUGUUUGUGGUAUAUGAAUAUGCGUCAUGAAAAUUGUCUUCCGGGAACUGGGCAAAGGAAAUAACACCGAAACUAGGUGGGACGGCUGUGUUGUACAAAUGUUUUUUACAGAUACGAGAAGAGAUGGAGUCAGAAGGGAGGCACUGUCCUGAUUGGUUGCCAUGGAAAGGAUCUGCCCAGAGACAAGAAAAGAGGAACCGAAAAUAGAACGAAGAUACAUACCUAUAAAUACUAUUGACGUGUGCUGAGGGUUGUUGGCUUUUUGGAGAGUGUGGAGAGUGACUGACAACCCAAAGCUUUGUUACCUUUUUACAUCUGAUAAUAAAACUUAUGUUUAAUUUUGGAGAACGUCUCUGUG